AUGAGCCCAACGGAGCAGCCCGAGGCGACGUCCUCACCGCCAAACAGCGCCACAGACGCGGUCAAUACAGCGAAGCAACAGCUUGAAGACGGAGACCAAGAUGCGCAAGAGCUACAAGGGCAGCAGCAGCAAGAAGAGCUUCAAGAGGAGCUGCUAGGGGAGCAGGAGCAGUCAGAAGAACAUCAAGAAGAGCAGUCAGAACACCAUCAAGAAGAGGAGCAACAAGAAGCGGAGCAACAAGAGGAGGAGCAACAAGAGGAGCAGCCACGUGCGCACAGGGGCUUUUCCGUGUUUAAUACCACGACGGGACACGCUCCGGCGUCGACGGCUGCUGCUGACCGCGCUCGACUCGUGUCGUCCGAGUCUUCCGACUUUUUCGACUUUUUGCGGCACCACUCGGACGACCACAUUCAUGUGUUUGACGAGCCGCCUGAAGUGCGCGUGCUCGGGGGUCGCUCCGAGGAGUCGUGGCCCACGCGUUAUGUCGAGUACGAUGUCGAGUUGAAGUACAAGGCUUUCAAGUGGAAGGUGGAGAUUUCCAAGUCGUCGAUAUCAAGUCUCUGGUUUUAUAUCAAGAGUCGUCCGCAUCUGCGUCAUGCACCGUCGUCUGCUGCUUUUAUGCCAGCAGAUGGCCACGGUGUUGGCUCAUCCGGCGUGCCGGAAGCUACGCCUUUAUCCUCUGACUCUCGAUGGCCACAGCUCCGCAAAUUGUUCUUGGCGACGGGCGAAAAGUGUGUGAGUCCCGAGAUGAUUGCGCUCGUACAGCAGUUGCUGGACACGGUGGUGCAGGUGCCGCGAUUGCUACGAUCACCGUAUGUGGCUGCACUGUUCCAGGUGAGUAACUCGACGUUUGACGAUGAGAUGGGUAGAACGUCUGUCCGUGAAGGGUGGUUGAAGGCGCGCUUUUGGCUCAAAGGAAAUCGCGAAAACGUCCGGAUCAACCGGGCGUCCAUGGCAUGGGAUAAUGAGUUUUUUAAUUGCAUGUGCGUGGUGAAGCGCGUGAACCUUCGUGCAAAAAGUCUGUGCUGGGUCUCGCUGAAGACGUCGAGUAUCGCCAUUUAUGACUCGAUUGAAGACACGAACGCACGCAAAGCCUUUUUGUUUGACAAGAAGUUCAACAUCGAGCGCGGUCUUGCUACCACCGGGUCUACCACGACGUUGCUCGUCACGAACGCAACGUAUGUACUUCAGAUGGAAGCAAAGUCGAAGCAGGUGCUUAAGAAAUGGGCGAACGACAUUCGGCGGGUGGCAGAUGCCUCAAAUUGGUCACAGUCACACCGCGACGGAUCUUUUGCGAUUCCACGCAGCCCUGCACAUAUGACGUCGUUCGCACAAUGGUACGUCGACGGCCAUGGUGCCUAUGAAGCUAUGUUUCACGCUAUCCAGUCGGCCAAAAAAGAGAUUUUUAUCGCUGGCUGGUGGGUUUGCCCAAGCAUCCAUCUGCUGCGUCCCGCGGAGCAAUACCCCGAGUCGAGACUAGACCUUAUGCUGAAAAAGAAAGCAGAGGAGGGUGUGCGAGUGUACGUGCUGAUGUACAAAGAGAUCGCAAUGGCGCUUACCCUUAACAGCCUGUACUCGAAGCAGGUUUUUGACGAAUUGCAUAAGAACGUUCAUGUGCUGCGCGACCCGGAUUUCCUGAUGAAGCAGCUAGGCUUGUGGUCGCAUCACGAGAAGAUCGUCAGUGUCGAUCAGAGAGUGAGUUUUGUGGGUGGCUUGGAUCUGUGCUUUGGUCGCUGGGAUACCCACGGUCAUGAGUUAUUCGACGAGCCUGAGAAGCCAACGAAUUUUGUGGGCAAGGACUACUCGAACCCGCGUGUCAAGGACUUCAUUGAAGUGGACCGUCCAGACGAGGAUAUGAUCGAUCGUAAUGUUGUGCCCCGUAUGCCGUGGCACGACUGCCACUGUCGUCUGGAGGGUCAACCAGCUCGUGAUGUGGCUCGACACUUUGUCCAACGUUGGAACUACUCCGUUUCUACUCGCAAGAAAUCGCGAAAGCUGCACCACCUUGUGCCAAUGAAAGACUAUGCGGUAGUGACCAUCGACAAACGCAACCCGAAGAAACUGACAAAGCGGCUUCAGAAGGCUGUGCAUGCAGUCCGUGCAAUGCGCGGAUUGUCGAGCGCUGGUGCGAACAACGGCAGUCGCGGAUUCAAUAGCGAGCGACGGAUGGCGCGCAUGUUGAGCAAUCAGAAUAUAUCGGGCGAUAUGUCGACUGCUCAAGACGGUAGAGCAGGCACACUGUUAAAUUUGCCUGACGACGAUGAUAGCGAUGAAGCGUUUGAACGACAUCGGCGGCAAGUGGCUGCUCGGGGUUUUCGUGUCAAUACGCAGAUCCUGCGCAGCUUAUCGCUAUGGUCAGGAGGUGUGGCCACGGAACGCAGUAUCCAGGACGCAUACAUUCGUCUCAUUGGGUCGUCAAAGCACUUUGUCUACAUUGAAAACCAGUUUUUCGUGUCAGGACUUGAAGGAGAUCAUGGGUGUUCCAACCGUAUCGCUAAUGCGCUGGUGGAGCGAAUCAUUCGUGCGUCGAACAACAACGAGCAGUUUCGAGUGAUGGUGGUGAUGCCGUUGCUGCCAGCUUUCCCGGGUAAGCCGGAUGACAAGGAUGCUAGUAGUUUGAGAGGUGUGAUGCACUGGCAAUACCGCUCCAUCUGUCGUGGCGAAAACUCUAUCUAUCAACGUUUGUACCAAGAACUGGAGGACGAUGAUCCGUUCAAGUACAUAGCGUUCUACGGGCUCCGAAAUCACAGUGACCGCGAAGGUGCUCACGCCCAGACCGAGGAGGUUUAUAUCCACAGCAAGGUGAUGAUCGUUGACGACCGGUCCUGCAUCAUUGGCUCCGCUAAUAUCAAUGAACGCAGUAUGUGUGGUGACCGCGACUCUGAGAUUGCCGUGGUCGUGGAAGACCAUGAGCUGGAGAAAGGGGUCGCACUUGCCAGCGGGGCGUUCAAUGUGGGUAAGUUUGGGCACUCUUUCCGUAUGAAGCUGUUUGAGGAGCACUUUGGCGUUGAGCCAGGGACGCCGUUGUACAAUAAGUACCAAGACCCUGUGGAGAAGGAUGCGUGGUUCUCUAUGCAAGAACAAGCGAUGAACAACCACCAGAUCUACGACUCGGUGUUCGGCUGUUUGCCAUCGGACAGCGUCACAACCUUUGCUCAGAUCGAUUCGCACAUUCAAUCCGCUCAAGGACUCGAUACUUCUGGCCGUGGUGCAGACGAGGCAGUUGCCGCGGCGUUGGAAAGCAGCGCAGGUGCACUCAGCGACAACAGUGACCGUAAUCGAGCAUCCUCGUUGAGUGGCAUAGCCAUGUCGCCUCACGAUAGUGUGAGAGCGAGACGAACGCAGGGGAGCAAGGCGGCGUUCAGCGGCGCGAUGAACGUCAACAUGAAAGAGAGUUCGCACAUUGCCGAGAAGAAGCACGAGCUGAGCAAUGUGCAGGGCCACAUUGUGUACUUCCCGCUCGAGUUCCUCGUGGAUGAGCAGCUGGAGCCCAAGCUGUUCCCGGCUGAGCUGUUCCAGUAA